CAUAUGACAGCUGUAACAUAACCUAUAUAUUUAAAGAUAUUUGUAUGUGGUAAUGUGUUCAUUUCAUAUGUUAAAAAUAUUUUGAUCAAAAUGGUUGAUGUGCCUGGCUUUGAAGAUCCCACGGCCUCUGUAGGUUUGAAUGAUAAUGCUGACGAUGGUCUCAAAAAAAAAGGAAACAAAAAAUCGGGAGGAUUUCAGUCCAUGAACCUCAACUACAAUGUUCUCAAAGGUAUCAUCAAAAGAGGUUACAAGCAACCUACCCCUAUCCAGAGAAAGACAAUUCCUCUCAUUAUGGAAGGCAGGGACUUGGUAGCGAUGGCUAGAACUGGAAGUGGGAAAACAGCAGCUUUUCUCAUCCCAAUGUUCGAGAAAUUGAAGGUUCGGUCAGCUAAAGCAGGAGCUAGAGCUCUAAUACUGUCUCCCACAAGAGAACUGGCUCUGCAGACUCUCAAGUUCAUAAAGGAAAUCGGUCGCUUCAUGGGGCUGAAAGCUUCUGUGAUUCUUGGAGGAGAUUCAAUGGAUAACCAAUUCUCAGCCAUACACGGUAAUCCAGACAUCAUAGUAGCCACUCCGGGACGAUUUUUACAUGUCUGCGUUGAAAUGGACCUCAAAUUGAACAGUGUGGAAUAUGUGGUAUUUGAUGAGGCUGAUCGCCUUUUCGAAAUGGGUCUUGGGGAGCAGCUGACUGAUAUUAUUGGUAGGCUGCCUGACACGAGGCAGACCGUAUUAUUUUCUGCUACUUUGCCUAAAGUUCUAGUUGAAUUUGCGAAAGCUGGUUUGAGUGAUCCCGUUUUAAUGAGAUUGGAUGUUGAAUCGAAACUACCUACUGAAUUGAAAUGUUUCUAUUUUACAUUGAGGCCCGAAGAAAAGCUACCAGCCCUGUUGGUACUCCUGAAGUCUUUUAUCGAUUCCCAACAGCAAACUGUUGUUUUUGCUGCUACGAAACAUCAUGUGGAAUAUUUGCAUGAGGUUUUAGAUAAAGUGGGCAUUAGCAACACCUACAUCUACUCGAAUCUGGAUCCGUCUGCGAGGAAAAUCCACGCCGCUAAAUUUAGCCUAGGAAAAGUGAAAGUCCUUAUCGUAACCGACGUAGCUGCGCGCGGUAUAGACAUCCCUCAGUUAGAUAACGUCAUAAACUUCAACUUUCCCGCCAAACCCAAACUGUUCGUGCACAGAGUAGGUCGAUGCGCUAGGGCAGGACGUUCUGGAAUAGCGUAUUCGUUUGUGUCGCCAGACGAAUACGCAUAUCUCCUGGAUUUGCACCUGUUUUUGGGGCGCCCUCUGACGAUCACCACGCCAAGUAAUCAAGAAGGUGCCGUAGGCAAAAUACCUCAGGAACUGCUGGAGGAACAGCAAGAUUC